AUUAAGCUAGAUUUUAAAAUCAAUGUAAAUUAAAUGGAAUGAUUAUCAAGUUUACCUCAUGUAAAGUACUCUUGGAAUCCAAAUAACGUUAAUUAAGAAUGCACUAUACAAGUAUUUGUUAAUGGUCAUUAGAUAUAUAAUUAUACAAUCACCAUGGAUUUGGCAGAUAGAAUUGCAAAAUUGUGUCUUGAUAAGUAUGCAUCUAUCAAAAAUACUGGAAAGCCUAAUGAAAAAGAAUGGACUGUUUUAUCUGGUAUAGUUUUAGAAAAUCAUUUGAAUGAAUUAUUUAUUAUAAGUUUAUGUACCGGUACAAAGUGCCUUGGUAGUGUGGAGUUAAGAAGCACUAAAUAUGAGGAUAGGGGUUCUAGAUUAAGUGAUUCUCAUGCAGAAAUACUCGCAAGGCGAGCAUUACUUCGUUAUCUGUACUAUCAAAUCGAAUUAUUGUUAAGAAGCAACUCCAGUGAUGUUUUUUAUUUUGAGAAAGAGCAAAUUAAGCUGAAGGAAGUAUCUUUCCAUUUUUUUUCAAGUCAAACGCCGUGCGGCGAUUGUUCCAUAAUUCCAAAGUUUCAAGAAAAUCCGGUUGAUUUUUCAAUUCUUCCAAAAAAAAUGAAAAAACACGAGCAAAAUGAUUUCAAACCUAUAUUUGGCUUUCAAAUAACAGAUAUUUAUAGAACUGGGGCCAAAUGUAUUGAAACUGAUACAAAACAAGAUUUGCAUGGAAAUGGGGUGAAUUAUCAUACUGUUGGCCCUUUGAGAACAAAACCUGGACGAGGUGACCGAACUCUCAGUCUUUCAUGCUCUGAUAAAAUAGCAAAGUGGAAUAUCAUGGGAGUACAAGGCGCACUUUUAUCGUUAAUGAUUCCAGUUAUACAUUUAAAAACAAUAGUUAUUGGUGGUCAAUGCCCAUAUAGCUUGGAAUCUAUGCAACGUGGAAUUUUCAAACGAUUCGGUGUCGAUGGUAUAGUGCCUAAUAUUAUACAGUCGAAGUUGUCUUUUGAACAGAGAAAAGGAGGAUCUAGAAUUCGACCCUGUCCAUCUAGUAUUGUAUGGUGUGCAACGCCUGAAAAAUCAAUCGAGAUUGCUGUGGAAGGCCUAAAACAAGGUGCAACGAAAAAAAGAAAAAAAUUGUGUAGGCUUCUCAUAAGUCGAAAAGAACUGUUCAAAACAUUUAUAAAAGUUUAUGAUAUUUUUCAGAGAAACAAAGAAUCAACGCGACAUCCCAAAAAAUUGACUUACUAUAUUUUUAAAUGUUAUUCUGUGACAUAUCAACAAUUGUGGAACGAUACACUAAAGUUUAUUCCUAUGUGGCCAGUAAAAUCAAUUUAUUUACUAGAAUGUUUGAAUUUUUAA